AUGAUAAAUCACUCGUUUGUUCUUCAUCGGUAAGAAUGGACUCCUCUUUAGGGAUAUGCGAAGAGGAGUGCUUGGCAACUGUGAGAGGUCAGGAGCUGAGGGCUGGCCAGAAGGAGCCAAGACUACUGUCUCUUAUUGAGCGCAGUGGUGAGUUUAUAUUACGUGUUUUGGCCACACCUGAUGCCGUAGUGUCUCGUCCUGUGCCUCAGCUUUCCAUACCCAUCAAUGACCAUUUCCAAAUUGUGCGAGAAGCUGAAGAGGCUCUUCUUAUUAACUUCUCAGUUGAUGCUUGUGUUCGGGUACGAAUCAAAGGACAAAAAUCCCCAGAGCUGCUGCUGGACCUCCAGGAUGAUGAACGGACGCAGACUUUCCUGGCCCAGGUGAAGAGUGCUCAGCAACAAGUUGAAUCCAAACAAAUAAAACCCAAAGUGAUGGAGCCUCUUGCACCAGCUGCCCUCAGAGGCCCAGUCCCCAUCCCACCACAAAGAGCAAACAAGACUGCUAACUCUGUGGGCUCUGGAGUUAAUGCACCCAAAUCUACCAGUGCACUGCCUCAGAACCUCAAUAAUGUUCAAUCGCUCGCCUCAGACUUUGGCUUUGAGGAGAACUUCAAUCAUGCUCUCAAAGUGGAGGAAAAGAAGAACCAUCAGAAUCGCCUAGUGGCCUCCAGGGAGCCUCCUCCUGUUCCCCCUUUACCUCCUCGCAAAGCGUCCUACACUCCAACCAAUCCUCUGCCUCCCCCACCAGUCCCUAAAGACAGAGCUGUCUCCCUACAGGCCAAAGACAACUCCUUUAUCGCUAGCAGCAAACCAGAUUUUAGGCCUGGUUUUGACAGCGCAGACAGGCCGUCCUCAUGGUGCGACAGCCCCACCACCAACACCAUGAGACAGGCGAUGUUCAGCAGCCAGGCAGGACAAAGAGAAUACCUCAUCAAACACCGGCUGGGAAAGAAGGAGAAUGAGUACGUGGACAUCGAGACCUUUAAGAUUUUCACAGGAACGUGGAAUGUGAACGGUCAGUCUCCUGACAGCAGCCUGGGGCCGUGGCUCUGCUGUGACACAGAACCUCCGGAUCUUUAUGCUCUGGGCUUUCAAGAAUUGGACCUUAGCACUGAAGCGUUCUUCUACAUGGACUCGUCCAAGGAGCAGCUGUGGGUGGAAGCUAUUGAGAGGAGCUUGCACCCAAAAGCCAAGUACAAGAGGCUUCGGAUCAUACGACUAGUUGGGAUGAUGCUUGUUGUCUUUGUCAAAAAGACUCUCAAGAACCACAUAAAAGAAGUUGCUGCAGAACACGUGGGGACAGGAAUCAUGGGGAAAAUGGGGAACAAAGGAGGUGUGGCAGUGAGGUUUGUUUUCCACAACACCAGCUUCUGCAUCGUGAACUCCCAUCUAGCAGCACACGUGGAAGACUUUGAGCGCCGCAACCAGGACUACAAAGACAUAUGUGCCCGCAUGACCUUCCACUUACUGGACCACCCCCCACUAAGUAUCGUCAAACAUGAUGUUGUAGUCUGGCUCGGGGAUUUAAACUACCGUCUGUUCAUGUACGAUGCAGCCGAGGUCAAACAGCACAUUGCUAAAAAUGAGCUUAAAAAGCUGCAGGAGGUUGAUCAGCUGAAUAUUCAAAGGCAGACGAAGAGAGCCUUCACAGACUUCAUGGAGGGAGAAAUCAACUUCCUUCCCACAUAUAAAUACGACCCCAAAACAGAUCGAUGGGACUCAAGUGGGAAGUGCCGUGUCCCGGCUUGGUGUGACAGAAUCCUGUGGAGGGGCAACAAUGUCAAGCAGCUCAAAUACCGCAGUCACAUGGAGCUGCAAACGAGCGACCACAAACCUGUCAGCUCCCUCUUCAGUGUCGGGGUUAAAGUGGUAAACGAGGAGCGUCACAAGAAGGUGUUUGAGGAGAUCGUCCGUGCUAUGGACAGAAUGGAGAAUGAUUUUCUUCCAUCUGUAUCUCUGAGCAGAAGAGAGUUUACAUUUGAGAGUGUAAAAUUCCGGCAGCUUCAAAGGGAGCGCUUCAUGAUAACUAAUGACGGGCAGGUCCCCUGUCACUUUGGCUUCAUCCCCAAACUCAAUGACUCGCAGUAUUGCAAACCUUGGCUCCGGGCCGAGCCCAGCGAUGGAUUCUUGGAGCCAAACGAGACCCUGGAGAUCUAUCUUGAUGUGUAUGUCAGCAAAGACUCGGUCACACUGCUGAACUCAGGAGAGGACUCCAUAGAGGACAUCCUGGUGCUCCAUCUGGACCGCGGCAAGGACUACUUCAUUACCAUCUGGAACUACCUGCCCAGCUGCUUUGGCACAUCACUGGAGACUCUGUGUCGCAUGAAGAAGCCCAUCAGAGAGAUCCCCAUCACCAAACUCAUCGACCUGGAAAGGUCAAAGGUGAGCUUCCUGAUGGUGGAUGGUGCAAGCACGGAGGACGUACCUCUAAAGAUCCCCAAGGAAGUGUGGAUUCUUGUCAACCACCUUUUCACCAAAUCCUGUGAUCAGGAGGACUUGUUCCAGACUCCAGGCCUACAGGAGGAGCUGCAGAGCAUCAUUGACUGUCUGGACACCAGCAUCCCGGACACUAUCGUCGGUUGUAACCACUCUGUAGCCGAGGCUCUGCUAAUCUUCUUGGAGGCCUUGCCGGAGCCUGUCGUGUGUUAUGAACUCUACCAACGGUGCCUAGACUGCUCUCAUGACAGCCGCCUCUGCAAACAGUUGAUCUCCCAGCUGCCCCGGGCUCACCGCAAUGUGUUUCGCUACUUAAUGGCCUUUCUGAAGGAACUUCUCAAGCACUCGCACAACAACAACCUAACCGCCAGCCUCAUAGCGACCCUCUUUGCCAGUCUCCUAAUCCGACCGCCUCCCAACCUGGUGGCCAGACAGACGCCACACGACCGGCAGAAAGCCAUCGACUUCAUCCUGGGUUUCCUCAUGGCGGGAGAUGAGGAGUAACAUGGCGAGGAGUUAACGGUCAGGUUUUAGUUGAUUCCUAGCCUGACUUACUGAUGGGAAGAAGAAAAAAAAAACCUGACCUGGACCUGUAGGACACUGUGUUACAUGAUCCUCUUGGUAUUCUCUCAUUGGUUGGACACCAGUGCAGCUUCAUUUGCACCCUACCUUUCACAAACUCACAAGUGGCAUACCUUCAGUUGAUUUACAGUUUGUCUGCUAAAAGGAUUUAGAAAGCACUUGGGAAAGGUUUGAACUGACGAGUCCGAACCUUCUGAUGACCUGAAGGCCUCCAGACCUCCGCUGACCCUCCAUACUGUAGGUGUUCAUGCCAAAAAUACAUCCUGAACAGUGAGUGAUGUGAACACUAUGUUUCCGUAGAUAAUAAGCAAAAGACUUGAUUACACUAAAGAAAAGAACGGUUUUAAGAUGUAGACUGAAUACUAGUAUGCUAGUUCAAGCAUUAAAUAGUUAAAAAUGGGAUAAUCAAGGAAAUCUAUAUACUAAGAAUGUUUAAGCUUAAGAUAAAGUAUGACAAUCCUCUAUUGUGCAGCAUUGUAACGGAGGGGUCUGAUUUUAAGAUAUCUGUAUUCUUUGUUACCAUUUCCUUUAUAUUUUAACUGUUAUUUAUGUUUUUCAAUUUUUGAAAAAUGUUUUACUUCAGUCAGCUUUAUUUUCACUUCUGUAUCUGUUUUGAAAUUUUCACCUGAAAUAUUGAUCACGUUUUUUUUUUAAAUCACCCUGUCAUAGAGAAGUCUUCUGUCGUGAACUCUUGCUGUGUUUUUGUGUAACUUUUGUGUAACUUCCGCCGAGAGCCUUAUAUCUUGUUUUGCAAGUUUCCUCUUGAGUUACAAAACGUGUCUGUUAACACACUAACUUCCUGCUCCACCAGAGUCGCCCUCUGUGGUAUCUUGAUGUCUUAAGUGGUGUACAAAGUGAUAGUUUCCCUGUUUCAUGGAUAUUUGACUGUCGGUAUGGUGGUGAAAAUCUGUGAUGGUGUCUGCUGUUUGUCAUGAAGGUGGUAUUGUGAUGUCUGUGUUUGUUUACGUGUAUUCUUUUUUUUUUCUUCAUGCUCCUUUUUCCAUAGUUUUAAGCCUUUGUGCUGCUGUGACACAGCCGCUGUGUUCCUCAUUUUAAAUGCAGAUGAGUAGCACUCUUUUUUUUUCUUUUUUUUUUUUAAGCAAUGCAGCAUUUUUUGGAUGCUGGUUUAGCAAGAUUUAAUGGCUCAUUACUCUGCAGGAUGCAGCCCAUCUUUGUGCACCUUUUCUCAUUAGUGCCACAGAGGAUUUGUCUCUGAAGCCACUGUUGCAUAAGGUGAUUAUUUAAAUAAGCAACUUCCACAUAUAUUGAACACUAAAACUCUUCUUUUAUUUUUACCCAAGAGGUGUCAGUAUUGGCUUUCUGUGUGGAUACACAUAUUCACAUGUAUCACAUAUAUUCCCUCAGUUUCUCCUGUAAUGAAGUGAUGUAAAGAACUUUGGAAAAUCUGUGUCACAACACUGACAAUCAUGGCACUUAAAGAAGUUACUGCCGGGGUGAAGUUGCUCUUUUCCUGUAAAGUAGAAAUAGUAAGUAGUUAUUCAGAGUAUGGGGAGCAAUUUUACAAUAGCCAUUUUUUUGUCUUAGUGUUUGGAUGAAACACUGUCAACAUGUCAAACACAACAUAAUCAAUAAUCUCUGACUUUAUUCUAGUCUUAUGCUACUGUACCAGAUGAUGUUUUGUACUUGUGUUUUCAGUUUUGUCACCAAUCUGUUCAUUAAGUUACGGUACAUUUAAAGGUGCGCAAAGAAACACUUGCACCUAUUUACAUCUUUCAGAUUUUUUUCUGGUGCUUUUAAUUUAUUCAACAGAAAUAAAACUGUGUAUAAAAA